CACACACACACACACACACAGCGGAGCACAUUGUUCACAGUGGACUGUCUGCUACAUCUAAUACAAUCCAGGAAAAUCUCGAAAUAAACAAAGUCUCCUGAAGAGUGACUGUAUCCGGGGAAUCAGAGGUGUGGUGAGAGGUUGAAGAGGCGUGAAGGAAUGACUGAAUAUAAACUGGUGGUGGUGGGUGCUGGAGGCGUGGGCAAGAGCGCUCUCACCAUCCAACUCAUCCAGAACCACUUUGUGGAUGAAUACGACCCUACUAUAGAGGACUCCUACAGGAAGCAGGUGGUGAUUGACGGGGAAACGUGUCUUCUGGACAUCUUGGACACUGCAGGUCAGGAGGAGUACAGCGCCAUGAGGGACCAGUACAUGAGGACAGGAGAGGGAUUCCUUUGUGUCUUUGCCAUCAAUAACACCAAGUCCUUUGAGGACAUUCAUCAAUACAGGGAACAAAUCAAACGGGUGAAGGACUCCGAUGACGUGCCCAUGGUGCUGGUGGGGAACAAAUGCGACCUCCCGACUCGGACAGUGGACACGCGGCAAGCGCAGGAGCUCGCCCGCAGCUACGGGAUCCCUUUCAUCGAGACCUCGGCCAAAACCAGACAGGGUGUGGAGGACGCGUUUUACACGCUCGUACGAGAGAUCCGUCAACACAAAAUGAGGAAGCUGAACCCCCCGGAUGAGAGUGGACAGGACUGCAUGAGCUGCCGCUGCGUCGUGUCGUGAUUAAGCUGACUGGCGUGUGUUGGGAGAAGUUUACCCAUGGUCCCGUGCGGCAGACUGGACCCGAGAGGAAAGACGUGCCGUCUCAUCUGAACCCGACUGUUAAGGAAAAGCGAGCAAGGCCUCCUGCGUAACGAACAUUUGAAACCGGAAGGAGUCUUGCGUUGACCACCCGGGUGACCUCUCUGGCUGUCCACGUCUGCCUGAUAAACACCACUAAUGACUUACUCGUUUAUGUUCUUUAUUUGUAACCCCAGUGUACUCGUGCUGGGCGACUCUGUGGAUUUCUGCUAAAUUAUUGUUCUUGAAGUCUCAACACUGGUCUUAAAAGGACUUGGCACAUCUCAUGACCUCAACGUUACACAAAACCUUCCUCAGCGCCGAUGGAAAAGACUGGACACUAGUGACCUCAUCCCGUGACCCCCGCCCCCCCUCAGUUGCACCUCACAGAAAGCAUAUAUCGGUUCGAGAGAAUGGAUGUCGGAAACUAUGUACAAAAUAAUCUGGAUGGAGUCGUUUUUGCUUAACGUGCGGGUUGUUUUAACAUAACGUUGUGAAUAGGGCUUUGUGGAAAUCGAAACGGAAGCAUUAGUUAUGUGUGCUGGUAUAUGUGUAUGUUACGAACGAACGUUACCAUUAGAACAUUAAAAAGGCUGACUGAAUUUUCAAAAAUAAAAACUGUUGAGUUUGAAGAA